UUGAUAAAAGAACUUGUGGAACUCACUUAGUCUUUCGGCAGUCCAGGUACCUGGUAUAGGGACUGUUGGUUCCAUGCUUUUUAGCAUUCCAAGACACGAUAACAGUGCUUUUGAUGCAUGGCUCGGUAGCAUCUGCGGUGAGAGCUCACAGAGGUUAGUGAACAUGUUGCACCUGUACUUGUGUGGUGCGGGAUUCCAAUGAUGGUGGAUUGGCGAAUAAGAACUAAAACCAGUUGGACCGGUAGUGAGGGAAGCUCAAAGUAGAGAUGAACUACAAGAGAGCACUGGACGUAAGGCACCCUCUUGUGACACAUUUGAUGACAAGUUUGAGAUGUCGUAAGAAGAGGGAACUUCAGUGGGAACAGCCUCGGGCGUCUACUCUGCAGCUUAGAGCAAGAGACCUACGAUCCCUCCAAGCUCACCUCGACCACGUCCAACGCCAUCAACCUCCAGUAAAAUGUUGAAGCCCAUUCCAAUCACUACACCCUUGCGAGAGUUCAACGGUCAUGAACAGUGUAUAAUGGCAGCCGCAGUAUUCCCCGAUAAACGAUUGGUUACGGGCUCACAUGACAAGACGGUUCGUCUGUGGGACUUGGAGACCGGCGUUGCAUUGAAGAUGGAAAUGCAUCGCGGGGGGGUAUCGAGAUUGGCAGUCUCACAAGAUGAGCAAUUGAUAGCAAGCGGUGAUCUGAAUGGGGAGGUCGUGGUCUGGCACGGAGAAACUGGAGAAUUGCUCUCCCAGCCUAUCGAAGCUCACCCCGGCGGGUGGAUCAGCUCGCUGGAUUUUUCUCCUGAUGGGACAGUGCUGGCCACUUGUUCAAAGUACGGAAUAACAAAAUUAUGGAACACCAAAACCUGGACAGAGCUGGAAGGAAGACCAAUUAAGUGUGGUGAUGGUACUUGUUGUGUUCGGUAUUCGCCAUCUGGAGAAUUUCUUGCUAUUGCAACAUCGAGGAUCGACAUUUAUAAUCCAGGCACGAGGGAACUUGUCGCAUCCUUCAAGGGUCACAAAUCGCACACCUUCUCCCUUGUAUGGACGGCCGAUGGCACGCGCCUUCUCACAGGCGGCGCUGGGGGCGAUCCUACCAUACGCGAAUGGGAUACAGCAACCUGGAAGCAGGUUGGCGAUCCUUGGACGGGCCACUCCAAUUAUAUCAAUCUCAUGGUCAUUAAUCCUGCUGGCACACUCAUCGCAUCGGUAUCUCCACAAGAGGGUCAUGUUCGUCUUUGGCGGGUCUCAGACCGACAAACCGUUGCCAUCUUUGAGCACUCACUCGGUCCAGAAUGGGCCACUUUCUCCAUGGAUGGCAAGCACAUCCUCAGCGGAGGCAACGAUAAAAUGAUCUCAGAGUGGGCAGUACCCAACAUUAUAAAUUCAAAGAUCUUAGGCAUCAUGACAGCCCGUAUUGCAUGCAUAGAUGGAGACUUGUCAACCGCCGAAGAACUACUCACACAAGAUAUCAACAUCGAUGAGAACAACCAUACUUCCUACGCUCAUCGCUCAUUUGUCAUGGCGCGAAAACACAACUGGGACCACGCCGUUCAGGAUGCAAUCACGUCCAUCAGCAUUCAGCCAUCGUUGAUAGGCUUUAUCUCCAAGGGUAUUGCCCUCUGCGGAAAGGGCCGCAUCCUGGAUGCGAGGGCAGCAUUUGAUGUUGCAUCCAUGUACACGGACCAAGAUCCAGAUACCAUUCAUUUUCUGCUCUUGAUCAAGGCCAUCGCACUGUUCAAUGCAGGUCAACAUGACGAAGCAAGCCUGCUCCUCAAAGAACUCGCUGCGGGUUGCCCGAAUGUCUAUACUCGCCCAUAUCGUAUUGUGGAAGCAUAUCUGCAUGUUCAACUCGAAAAAGCCUUGGACGGUGCACAUUACGCCGAAGCCGCUGACCAUUUCAUUGCCGCUGUCAACUCCAACAAUUCAUCAUCAAAAUUCAACAUUCAUGAAAUAUACGAGGACCUGGUGGUGAUCUUCGGCUGGGAUCUGAAAUGUUUGUGGCUGACCACACACCAGAAACGGUGUGAUGCACUCCUUCAGGCUCGUGAAUUUCAAGAUGCCGUGAAAUUAUACUGGUCCAUGAUGGAUUCCAGUGAUGAAAACACCAUGGCCGACUACCUCGACUGGUCCAAUGUUUUCAAGGAAGAAUGCAGCGCGCUCUGUAUUGCCAACGGAGAUAUUGCCCUCGCUGCAAGCGAGUAUGACAGGGCUAUCGACCUGUACUCGGCGGCGAUUGCCCUGGAUUCUGCAUCCGAUAUCGUCUUUGCAAAUCGCAGCAAGGCAAAGUUGGAGAAAAUGCUAUGGGAGGAGGCAGUUCUCGACGCACAAAAGGUCACCGAACUCAAUCCUUCAUCUCACGUUGGAUACCAGUUGACACAUACAGCGCUGCAUGGUGCAAAACGUUACGACGAAGCCAUCGAAGCAUUCACAAUCAUGUUGUCCAAGUUAGACGAUGCUCCCGAAGUGCAGAUACGCAGUUUGCGUCAGCAAUAUGUCUGUCCAUCCCAAGCAGAGGACGCUAUCCGAAGGGCAGUUUGGAUCGAACUCGAAAAUGCCCCCCUUCGUCUGCUCAACACCUCUACGGGUCUUUUGUGCGACCGAGCAGCACAGCUAAACUCUUUCAAAAUGAGUUCAGAGUACAAUGAGCUUAUCACGUUUCCGACGAAAGAUUCAAACCUCCGAACGCAGCGCAUCAAAGAUGUAGUGGCGACGUACUUCCGCUGCGUCCUGCUAUCACACAGGUGGGAAGAGGCGGAGGUGUUGCUGCACGACAUUCAGGACAAAGUCGUGUACGAGUUGGAUGGACUUGGUGGCAUCGCGAAACUGCAGUCGUUCUGCAAAGUCGUUCGUGAUGCUGGAUAUUACUGGGCAUGGAUGGACACGUGCUGUAUCGACAAGAAGAGCAAUAUUACGGAGCUUCAAGAAUCGAUCAACUCCAUGUUCGUCUGGUACCGCAACUCAGCGCUUACCAUCGUCUACCUAUCCGAUAUCCCUUCUUCAUCUCAGCCCGGUGCACUGGUGGGGAGUGCUUGGAACGAGCGAGGAUGGACCUUCCAAGAGUUAGUUGCUCCGCAGGUUGUUAUAUUUUAUCAGAAAGAUUGGUCGUUAUAUCUCGGCGACCGCUCUCCCAACCACAAAGAGUCCCCUGCAAUCAUGAAGGAGUUGGAGGAUGCGACGGGCAUAGAUGCACGGGCCUUGGUGAACUUCAGUCCAGGUAUGAGGGGUGCCCGAGAGAAACUGCAAUGGGCAUCGAAGCGCGUCACCACUCUGCAGGAGGACAUUGCGUACUCAUUAUUUGGCAUCUUCGGUAUCACUCUACCUGUCAUUUAUGGCGAGAAGAAACAGAACGCGCUCGGACGGCUCCUACAGGAGAUCGUAGCUCGGUCGGGGGACAUCACUGUCCUCGACUGGAUCGGACAACCUUCCGAGUUCAAUAGCUGUCUUCCAGCGCAUAUUACCUCUUACACCACUCCUCCAUGUGCCCUUUCAUCUUUGUCUGAAGAUGAUAUUCAGACACAGGUCUCUUCGCUGCGACAAAAUCCCACUGUUGUGGACUCGGCUUUGGAACUUUACGACCGGCUUGAUUACACAAGCGCUGCUCGUUUCGCGAACUGCAGGCUGCAUCUGCCUUGUAUGGCAUUCCGUGUCACAGAAGUCAGUCUGAACUACGGUCCAUCCCAGGAGACUCAAUAUAAAGUCAAGGCAGACGGACUUCGUGACCUGCUGAUCACUACCAAAGAGCUGAAUAUUCACUCGCGGACCAGGCCCGUCAAGCAAACCUUCCUGAUUGUCCGUCCCUGGGAUCGGUCUCUCCUCGAUCUACCAGACUUUGCAAAUCUGCUAGACGAUACGGAGAGCGAGGGGGAUUAUCGGACACCGCCUUUGUCUCCGUCAGACGACUCACCUAGCCAUUCUCCUGUAAAACAGGAUGGGGUUGAUCUAGAAUUGCGAGCAUUGCGGUUGCUGGUUCGCCUUGGGCAGCCUUUUGGCGCCUUUUUGCUAGCGCGGCAGCGUGGCGGAGAAUACAAGAGAGUUGCGUCGGAUCGUGAUAUCAUUGCGCAGGUCAAAGAUAUGUCUUCUGUUCAAGACUUGCUGGACAUUAAGACGAUAGAGAUAUUGUAGAUGUAUAUUUUUUCCUGAAGAUGAGGGAUCUGGGCGGUUUUCAUUGGUACUUUGUAUAUGUGAUACCACAUGCAUGUGUAUUGGACUAUCGUUUUCCUUCGAAGAAGACCAUGGAAACCUAUCUAGUGCGGUAAGCUGACAUUCGCC